AUGAGUGUCUCUGCAAAGUGCCUGCUCUCAGGCUACGCUCGUCCGCUGCGGGGCAGCGUCUUUACUACCACGAUAUUCACCAUUCGACCAGGAUCUGGAACUUUAUUUCACCGCGAAAGCCAUUCAAAGGCUCUCCAGCAGCCUUGUGCAGCCUUGACGCGCCGCUCACGACCGUUGGCACUGCAGCCGCAUGCGUCUCAGAUACUCCGUCAUGCAUCCCAGGCUGCUCCGACGCCGCCCGAUGACGCCGCAGAAUUGCCUACGACCCCUCCGUUUUCGGCGGGCAAGUACGAAAACAUAACCAUUGGUGUGCCCAAGGAGAGUUAUCCUGGUGAACGCCGUGUAGCUAUUACGCCGCAGAAUGUGGCGCUUCUGCUUAAGAAAGGCUUCUCGCGUGUCUUGAUCGAGCAGGGUGCAGGCCUCGAGGCGCAGUUCACUGAUGAGGCGUAUGAACAGGCGGGCGCGAAGACGGUGGAUAGGAGGAAUGUUUUCUCCGAAGCUGACAUUCUGCUCAAGGUGAGGGCACUCAGUACAGAUGGCCCCGAGAGCGAAGUCGACGCCAUUCGCGAGGGUGCGACUGUCAUCUCGUUCCUGUACCCGGUGCAGAACAAGCCGACUGUCGAGAGAAUCGCUUCUCGGAAGGCUACUGCUUUUGCAAUGGACAUGGUUCCUCGCAUUUCCAGGGCUCAGGUGUUCGAUGCCCUAAGUUCCAUGGCUAAUAUUGCUGGGUACAAGGCUGUUCUGGAAGCUUCAAACACAUUCGGCCGUUUUUUGACCGGCCAAGUGACUGCUGCUGGAAAGAUCCCGCCAUGUAAAGUUCUCGUCAUCGGUGCUGGUGUGGCAGGCUUGAGUGCCAUUGCUACUGCUCGGCGUAUGGGCGCUAUCAUCCGCGCUCGCGAGCAAGUGCAGUCUCUGGGCGCCGAGUUCAUCGAGGUGACUGGCGUGCAAGAAGAUGGAUCUGGAGCGGGCGGAUAUGCCAAAGUCAUGUCUAAGGAAUUUAUUGAAGCGGAGAUGAAACUCUUCUACGAUCAAUGCCGAGAGGUCGACAUUGUCAUCACCACAGCCCUGAUCCCCGGAAAGCCAGCACCAAAGCUUAUUACAAAAGCCAUGUUGGGCGCUAUGAAGCCUGGUUCCGUUGUUGUUGAUCUUGCAGCCGAGGCUGGUGGUAACUGUGAAGCUACUGUUCCGGGUGAAUUAUCGAAAUUCAAUGGCGUUUCUAUCAUUGGCUACACUGACCUCCCAUCCCGUCUUCCGACACAGUCAUCAACUUUGUACUCGAACAACGUGACCAAAUUCUUGCUUUCACUGGUGCCCAAGGACAAGAAGGAAAAGUACUACGAUGUCGAUCUCACAGAUGAAGUCACUCGCGGUGCCAUCGUUACCUAUGAUGGCAAGAUCCUUCCUCCGGCUCCGCGUCCUGCGCCUCCUCCUGUUCAAGCUAAACCGGCUCAAUCACCUGAGGAUCAAGUCGCGAACAUCGUCGCAUUAACCCCAUGGCAAGAGCAGUCUCGUCAAGUUGCCGGCGUCACCGCGGGAAUGACCACCGCUCUGGCUUUAGGAAAAUUUACCUCACCCCUUCUGAUGGGCAACGUCUUCACAUUUGCGCUGGCUAGCUUGAUUGGCUACCGCGUGGUGUGGGGUGUUGCGCCCGCGCUUCAUUCGCCUUUGAUGAGUGUCACCAAUGCCAUAUCUGGAAUGGUUGGUAUCGGUGGACUCUACGUGAUGGGCGGCGGAUACUUCCCGGAGACUAUUCCUCAGACUCUUGGUGCCUUGUCGGUUCUGCUCGCCUUCGUCAAUGUCUCUGGUGGCUUCGUGAUCACCAAGAGAAUGUUGGACAUGUUCCGUCGACCCACUGAUCCCAAGGAAUAUCCGUGGCUAUACGCUAUUCCGGCUGCAUUAUUUGGCGGCGGAUUUGUUUACGCUGCAUCUACUGGUAUGGGUGGUCUAGUACAGGCUGGCUACCUUGUAAGCAGCGUGCUUUGCGUCACCUCUCUCUCCGGUCUCGCCUCGCAAGCUACGGCACGGCGCGGUAACAUGCUUGGUAUAAUCGGUGUCUUUUCUGGUAUACUCGCCUCACUGGCCGCAGUCGGCAUGUCAGGGGAAACCCUCACGCAGUUCGCUGGACUUGCGACUAUCGGAAGUGUCGUUGGCAUGGUCAUCGGCAGACGUAUUACACCAACUGGACUCCCCCAGACUGUGGCUGCACUUCAUUCCGUUGUUGGUCUUGCAGCCGUCUUGACCAGUAUCGGUAGCGUCAUUGGCCACACCGGCGAACUUUCAAACUUGCACAUGGUCAGCGCAUACCUUGGUGUACUUAUCGGUGGAGUGACAUUCACUGGAAGUAUCGUCGCCUUCCUGAAGCUCGCUGCCAAGAUGUCGUCGAAGCCGAUCAACUUGCCUGGUCGCCAUCUCAUCAAUAGCAGUCUUCUGGCUGCGAAUGUGGGAACCAUGGGCGCAUUCUUAGCAUGGGCUCCCGGUGCACCACUUAUCGGCGCCGCUUGUCUUUGCGGCAAUGCUGCACUCUCCUUCAUCAAAGGCUAUACCACGACUGCAGCCAUCGGCGGAGCAGAUAUGCCCGUAGUCAUCACCGUUCUAAACGCCUACUCGGGAUUCGCUUUGGUUGCGGAAGGCUUCAUGUUAGACAACUCCUUGCUAACCACCAUAGGCGCGCUGAUCGGUGUAUCUGGCUCCAUUCUUUCGUACAUCAUGUGCGUCGCCAUGAACAGAUCCAUCACUAAUGUGCUCUUCGGCGGCAUCGCACCUACCGCACAGUCAGAAACCAAGAUCGAAGGUGAAAUCACCAAGACCACUGCUGAAGAGACUGCGGAGUCGCUAGCGAAUGCUGAGAAUGUCAUAAUCGUGGUCGGCUAUGGUAUGGCUGUUGCAAAAGCCCAAUACGCCAUAUCCGACUUCGUCUCCGCCCUACGCGCCAAAGGCAUAAACGUGCGUUUCGCCAUCCACCCCGUCGCCGGCCGGAUGCCGGGCCAAUGCAACGUGCUGCUCGCCGAAGCCAGCGUGCCCUACGACAUUGUUCUCGAAAUGGACGAGAUCAACGACGACUUUGACGACACGGAUGUUACGCUCGUAAUUGGCGCUAACGAUACGGUCAAUCCGAUUGCGCUGGAGAAGGGCAGUGCGAUUGCAGGUAUGCCGGUGCUGCAUGCUUGGAAGAGUAAGAGCGUGAUUAUUAUGAAGAGGGGCAUGGCGAGUGGAUACGCGGAUGUCGUCAACCCCAUGUUUUAUCUUCCUAAUACGAGGAUGUUGUUUGGGGAUGCGAAUGAUAGCUGUAAUGCUAUCAAGCGCGCGCUAGAGGAGAAGCUCAAGGGACUCCGGCACGAACUCAUUCUCCUCCCGACCUCCCCCAUCCCCUCCCUAAAAUCCCUCAACGCCCUCGUCACGCGCACAAUUGGAUCUUCACCAAACUGCGCAGAGCCCAUGAGCCAGCAUAAGAACCCCGAGACGAAAGAGCAAAUCCAAGAGUUCAAGAUACACUGGGACCGGCAGGCGAGGGACGGCAAGAUCUGGCCCGAGUACACGGUGGUGCAUGAGGGGAACCUGGAGGCGGUGGUGGAGAUGCUGAAGGUUAGUCCGGGACGGGAUGUGCUUGAAGUGCGGGUUGGGAAGGUGGAGUGA